AUGGCAUCUUCUGUGUUUCCUGGCAUCCGCCUGAGCAAUGUUCCCACCUCCAACCCUAGAGAAUUUGUCAGUUUGGUUCUGAAAUCCUGUGCAUGGAAGUCCAGCCCUGCGCCCCCAGGGAAAGGCCAGCUACGAAUAAAAGCUCAAAGGGAAAAGCCUGCAAGAAGAGUUGUACUGCUGACAGAGGAAAUGGAUGCUGGAUUACAGGCAUGGAAGCUCAGGCAGCAGAAACUGGAGGAAGAAAGGAAGCAAGAAAAUGCUCUUAAACCUAAAGGGACUUCACUAAAAAGCCCACUUCCAAAUCAAUAA